AGACAACAUUUUUGCGCCUGCGCCAAGCGGUACACAGACUGCGUCGACUGCGACGAAGCACUGAUAGUAAUUAAUUAUUCAGACUUCAGAGAACAGAUAGUACAUUUUUUCAGAAAUUAUGGGCAAGUGAAUCACAGUGAUAAGGUAACUUGCUGCGCCCAUUGCGAUGAAAAUGUCUUAUCACUGUAGAAGUAUCGUUAUCAUUAGGUAAAGGAGCCCUUUACUACCGGUAUAGUAUUUUCACGUGCAAAAAAGAAUUAUACUUCGCGAAUCGUAUGAAAACUUAGCCGACAUGUAUUACUGUCCGGGUAACGUUACCGUACUUGACAUUUGGGUCAAUAAUGGCAUUUCGCAAUGUUUCAUGGAUACCAUUACACCUGCGGUAUUAUCCAUUUAUAUGGUCAUAUUCGGAUUAUUAGAAUGGCGCGAGUAUUGGAGACAUGGAACCGAAUGGAACGUUGGUGUCUUACCUAAAACCAAACUAUUCAUCUUGCAAUUAUUUUUAUCCUACUUUUUGAUCUUUUUGGCGAUCGUCGAAGCUAUCGUUAAUACGUUUGUAAUCUAUCAUGGAACAAUUUAUGCCUACUCGUUUGUCUAUGUUCAAGCAACGAUAUUCAUUAUGGUCACUUCAACGUAUUUGAUCCAUUUCGAAAGAUAUUAUGUAAUACCUUCAAGAUCUGUUCGUGGACAUAGUGUGACAUUAUUGGUUUUCUGGACGCUCUUAUUUGCUUCUGAAAAUAUCGCAUUUGUUAAUCUGGAACGAGAUGGAUGGUGGUUCCAUUUAAAUACGAUCGAGGAUAAAAUAAAUAUGAUAUUUUUCAUUGCUCGGUACGCUUGCUGCUUGUUAUUAUUCAUUUUGGGAUUGAAAGCUCCAGGUAUUCCAAAUAUGCAAGAUUACAUCAACUUGAAUAAUUCCAGCAACACUAUACCCGAAAGUGAACGUCAAGAAUUGAGUGCAUCAGCUUGGUCAAAUGUGUGGCGUCGAACUAAAAUCUUGGCUCCAUUUUUAUGGCCAAAGAAAAGCUUUGAUUUACAAUUCAGAGUUAUUCUAUGCUUCUCUCUACUGAUCGCCGGUCGUUUUGUCAACAUUCUAACUCCCAUUUAUACGAAGAAAAUUGUCGACAGUUUAUCUGUUGUUCCGUUGGAAUAUCGUUGGGAUUUGGUGCUGAUGUUCGUUGCUUUUAAAUUCCUUCAAGGCGGAGGAACCGGUAGUAUGGGAUUAUUGAAUAAUUUACGUUCGUUUUUCUGGAUCCGCGUGCAACAAUAUACUUCGAGAGAAGUAAAGCUUGAAUUAUUCCGACAUCUGCACAGUCUCAGUUUACGUUGGCACUUGAGCAGGAAAACCGGCGAAGUCUUACGAGUCAUGGAUCGUGGAACAGAUUCGAUCAACGGUCUAUUGAGUUUGUUUCUGUUUCAAAUUUUUCCCACCUUCAUAGAUAUCACUGUAGCAAUCAUAUAUUUUAUUUCCGCCUUCAACGGAUGGUUCGGUUUAAUCGUAUUUGUAACAAUGCUCUUGUACCUUGCUUUUACCGUCAUAAUUACCGAAAUGCGUACCAAAUACCAAAGGUUGAUGAAUUUAGCAGAUAACAAAGCUAAAGCUAAGAGUGUCGAUUCGUUAUUGAAUUUCGAAACUGUAAAAUACUACGGAGCUGAGGAAUAUGAAGUAGCCGAGUAUAGGAAAGCUAUCUUAUCUUUCCAAGACGAACAAUGGAAGAAUUCGUUUACUUUGAAUAUUUUAAAUUCUGUUCAAAAUGUUAUCAUUAGUGGAGGUCUACUUUUCGGAUCUCUUCUGUGUGUUUAUCAAGUCGUAGAAGAGAAAACAUUAACGGUCGGUGAUUACGUACUGUAUGCUACGUAUCUAACUCAACUGUACAUGCCUUUGAAUUGGUUCGGUACAUUUUAUAGACAAAUUCAGAACAGUUUUGUCGACAUGGAAUGUAUGUUCGAUUUACUAGGCGAACAACCAGAUAUUCGAGAUUCCCCUGGAGCAUUACCAAUCGAGGUUUCGAGAGGCCAAGUCGAGUUUAGAAAUGUUACAUUUUCCUAUCUUCCUGAAAGAACAGUGUUGAAAAAUUUAUCAUUUCUAGUGGAACCUGGCAAAACAGUCGCUUUAGUGGGUCCAUCUGGCAGUGGAAAAACAACCAUUAUACGAUUGCUGUUCAGAUUUUACGACGCGAACUCCGGCUUUAUAUUCUUAGAUGGACAAAAUAUCCAAUUAGUUACCCAAGAGAGUUUAAGAAAAGCAAUUGGCGUCGUUCCGCAGGAUACUGUACUGUUUAACAAUACAAUCAAAUAUAAUAUACAGUAUGGCAAGGCAGACUCAUCCGAUAGAGAAGUAGUAGAAGCAGCUAAAAAUGCCGAUAUUCACGAACGUAUUUUAACAUUCCCGGAUCUGUAUAAUACACAGGUUGGAGAAAGAGGGUUGAAACUGAGCGGAGGUGAAAAGCAACGAGUUGCUAUUGCUAGGACGUUUUUAAAAUCGCCCAUGAUCGUGCUGCUGGACGAAGCGACCAGUUCGCUGGAUACGUUAUCCGAGCGAAAUAUACAGGCAUCUUUGGCUAAAAUAUGCAGUAACAGAACGACCAUAAUUGUCGCACAUCGGUUAUCUACCAUCAUACAUGCGGACGAGAUCAUGGUGUUGAAGAAUGGCGAAAUAUGCGAACGCGGAAGGCAUCAAGAUUUAAUAAAUAUGAGCGGAUUGUACUCAACGAUGUGGCAACAACAGUUGGAAAACGAUUCGGCUACCAAGCCAUCGGUAUCAAUCGCCGAACAGGCCGAGCCUAAGCUUGAACUUCCUGCUGGUCAUGGACAUGGACAUGUGAUAGCCUAAUAAAAGACGUACGUGUUUCGUACAAACGAAAAAUCUGCAACGACCAAAAUGUACUUAAUUUGUGCGACUCGUAGUGUAAUUUUAGUUUUCUACUGUCUCUACUCAUCUAGUCUUAUCGGAAGGGUUUAUUGUUGUGAUAUACAUGGACUUCAGAUACCAUUCGGUAAUCGGUUUCGGUACGAUGACUUUUUUGUAGGUAUAUUGCCUUUGCGAAUCGUAAUAUUGUAGACGGUAUUUUGAUAUUUAUUCCUAUAUUUUUUUUUUUAUCUUUUAAGGGAUUUUUCUUCUCUUUUUUCUUUAUUGUUUGAACAGGGUGUUAUUUUAUACGAAUGCACGUUGAUGUUUUUGCAGAGUUAUAUGCACUUGUGCCAUUUUUAUUGUUUAUGUCGCGUUCGAGUGAUGUUCAUUGUUUUUGCGAUCGAUGGUUAAAAAUAUAUUAAGGUUAAUGGAAAACUGAGAUUUUCACUCAUGUAAUUAUAAUGAGGAUGAUCGGAAAAAAAAAAAUGCAAACUUUUACCUACGUCAAGUGUUAUUUCUAAAUGCUUAAUGUUGGACACCUAAGUUAUUAUUUUUUUUAAUUUUUGCUUGACGAAGGUCUUAUUUAUUUUUUGGUAAAUGAAACAAAGUGUACACUAUACGAUGUCUUUGACUUUCGUUCUUCCAACUUUUUGUCAUCGUCGAUUCGAUUAUCUUGAAUUAUUAUUAUUUAUUGUACUGUUUGCGUAUGAUUAAUCGGCGAAUUUAACUGUUCCCCCGGAUUUAUUUUGUGAUUACUCAAUUAUACGGUUUUAAAUGUGACAAAG